GAUGGGGAAGUUCUAUACCAUAUUUUCGCUUCUAGUUCUUUUGAUCAUCUCUCAGCAAGUAUUGGCUCUCCCAACAUUACCUCUUUAUACAAAUUCAAGAUGGAUUGUGGACGAAGAUGGGAAAAGAGUGAAGCUAGCUUGUGUGAAUUGGGUUGGACACCUUCAGCCAAUGCUGGCUGAGGGUCUCAGCAAGCAGCCUUUGGAUAAAAUAUCAAAGAAGAUAUUAUCAAUGGGAUUCAAUUGUGUUAGGCUUACAUGGCCAACUUUCAUGGUUACCAAUGAGACCUUAUCUUCUAUGACUGUUCGUAAGUCCUUCGAGAGCUUCAACCUUCAUGAAUCCAUUGCUGGCAUGGAAGUCAAUAAUCCAUUCAUUCUUAAUAUCACCGUUGUGCAAGCUCUCCAGGAAGUGGUUAAGAACCUUGGACAGAACAAUGUGAUGGUGAUAUUAGACAACCAUGUAAGCAAACCUAUGUGGUGUUGCAACAGAUAUGAUGGUAAUGGCUUCUUUGGCGAUCGCUACUUCAAUCCACACAUUUGGCUUGAGGGGUUAAGCAAAAUUGCCACAAUGUUCAAUAGUGUUCCCAAUGUCGUUGGCAUGAGCCUGAGGAAUGAACUGCGAGGACCUGGGACAAAUGACAGUGCUUGGUACAACUUCAUGCAAAAAGGAGCAGCAUUAGUACAUGAUGCAAACCCCAAAGUUCUUGUUAUUCUCUCCGGUCAAGACUUUGAUAAAGACUUGGGAAUGCUAAAGAAUCGACCAGUGAAUGUUACUUUCAAGGGGAAGCUUGUAUUUGAGAUUCAUUGGUAUAGUUUUGCUGCUACUAAUGAUUGGAUGAAUGGCAACCCCAAUGAUGUAUGCGCAAGUCAAGUGCAAUAUUUGAGGGAUCAUGCAUUCUUUCUGUUGGAUCAAGGGUAUCCAUUAUUUAUGAGCGAGUGGGGUGUAAAUCUAAAAGAAAAUUAUGUAGCUGAUGAUAGGUACUCAAGCUGCUUUUUUGCUCUUGCGGCCGAAUUGGACAUAGAUUGGGCAUUGUGGACACUUAUGGGUAGUAAUUACUAUAGAGAAAAUGUUAUGGCAAUGAAUGAAUACUAUGGUGUCUUGAAUUGGGACUGGUCAGAAAUUCGGAACCCAAGCUUCAUGCAAAGGCUCUCUUCUCUACAGUUCCCUUUCCGAGGACCUGGUCUUUCUGAUCAUGAACAAUAUGAUGUAAUUUACCAUCCAUUUAUGGGAUUGUGUAUCCCUAAGAGCCCAGAUGCACCACCAGUGGCUCCUGUUAAGCUAGGUUCUUGUGUCGAACCUGAAGCAUGGACUUAUACGCCUGAAAAGAAUCUGCAAAUUAAGGAUGCAUACUAUUGCUUGCAAGCUGUUGGAGCAGGUAAACCUGUGACAUUUGGAACUGAUAGUGAUUGCAAAAGCCCAAAUGCAAAAUGGGAGAGAAUAACAAGCUCCAAGUUCCACUUCUCAACAAUGGUUAACAACAGUGCAGUGUGCUUGGAUAUAGGCUCUAACAAUACUAUUGUUACAAAUCGAUGUAAAUGCUUAACUGGAUCAUGUGAACCUGCGAAUCAAUGGUUCCAUAUCAUCCCUAGUACUAUACGUUAUGAUUAAUCCUAGAAUGUACACUAGAAAUCCCACUUCUAUAAACAAAUCCAAGAGAAUUACUUUUUUUUUUGUUAACCAAGGUGUCUGGGUCAGUUUACACGCACCUCAACUAAUGCUCAGGGAGUCUAGCACAG